GCUCUGUGAACAGACAGCUUUGGGAUCUUUUCUUAACUGCUGAGUAGUUAAUGUUUCUUCAAUCUAAGUUUUAUUUUUUAUGUUGGGUUUUCUCUUUUUUAAAUCCAAGGCAUGGAUCAGUGCUGGUACCAUGGAAGCAUCACUCGUUCAAAAGCUGAGGACUUACUUUCUAAAGUAGGCAAGGAUGGAAGUUUUCUGGUCCGGGCCAGUGAGUCUGUCUCUUCAGCUUACGCCCUCUGUUUGCUGUAUCAGAACUGCGUAUAUACCUACAGGAUUCUACCAAAUAAAGAAAAUAAACUAGUGAUCCAGGCAUGUGAAGGUGUUCCAGUGCAAUAUUUCAACAGCUUAGAUGAACUGAUAGAGUUUUACAAGAAAGAGAACAUGGGGCUGGUCCGGAGCCUUAAAUUCCCAGUCCCACAUGAAGAAGAGGAGACAACAGAUGAUCUAGAAGAAGAUCUGGAUUAUUUGCCUACUCCACCUGUAUUACCUCCACGCAGCAUUUCAAUUCCAGUAAAUGAAACAAAGGAAGACCUUUUACCCAAUGAUUAUGUCCAGAUGACAGAAGUUAGCAAACCACCUCUUUCUGAAACCUUGCUCCAGCGAUUACAGCACCAGGAUACCAGCAAUAUUCCAGAAGAGCAUCUCAAACUUAUCCAGGAUUAUUUGACAGUUCAUAUAAUUAAUGAUCUUGAAAAUGUACAACUAGGCUCAUGGAAUCUCCCUCAGCUGAAGAAACUACUUACAGGACUCUGCAAAGGACUCUUCAAUGAGUUGUCUCGGACUUUACCUUCUCUGGAAUCUAUACAGAGGGUGUUUGAUCAGCAACUUUCCCCAGGUACCCAUCGACAUUCUCAGCCAUCCUUUGAUGUCAAUCGUGCAAAAUUGGUUCAGUUGACAAGUUUGCUUUCUUCCAUAGAGGAUAAGGUGAAAAGAGUAUUGAUUGAAGGGCCAGAUCCAACACAUAGACGUUCACUUAUUCCUCCUGUUACCUUUGAGGUGAAAGCAGAUUGCCUUGGGAUUUCUUCUAAGACUCAUCUUAAAGUUGAUGUUGAGAUGGGAAAACUCAUUAUUAAGAAAGCUAAGGAUGGUCCUGAAGAUAAAUUCUACACUCACAAAAAAAUCCUACAGCUCAUCAAGUCUCAGAAGUUUCCUAACAAGCUGGUCAUUGUACUAGAGACAGAAAAAGAAAAAGCACAAAGGAAAGAAUAUGUCUUUGCUGACUCUAAGAAAAGAGAAGGCUUCUGCCAGCUUCUACAGCAAAUGAAGAACAAGCAUUCUGAACAACCAGAGCCUGACAUGAUCACCAUCUUCAUUGGGACCUGGAAUAUGGGUGAUGCUCCUCCACCAAAGAAGAUCAGUUCCUGGUUUCUCUCCAAGGGACAGGGUAAGACCCGUGAUGAGACGGCUGACUAUAUUCCACAUGACAUCUAUGUGAUUGGAACACAGGAAGACUCCUUGGGGGAAAAAGAAUGGCAAGAGAUUCUAAGGCAUUCCUUACAAGAGAUUACCAGUAUUAGCUUCAAAGUGAUAGCAACCCAUACUCUCUGGAACAUCAGGACUGUUGUACUGGCAAAACCCGAACAUGAAAAUCGCAUAAGCCAUCUCUGCGUUGAUACUGUGAAGACUGGGAUUGCAAACAGACUGGGCAACAAAGGAGCUGUGGGGGUGUCAUUCAUGUUUAAUGGAACCUCAUUUGGGUUUGUGAACAGCCAUUUGACUUCAGGAAGUGAGAAGAAACAGAGGCGAAAUCAGAAUUACAUGAGUAUUCUUCGCUUUAUGUCUGUGGGAGACAAGAAUUUGAGUCCAUUUGACAUCACUCAUCGUUUUACUCAUUUCUUCUGGAUGGGAGAUCUGAACUACCGCUUAGAGUUAUCCCCAACGGAAGCAGAAAAUAUCAUUCAAAAAAUCAAACAGCAGCAUUAUACAGAACUGCUUAAUUUUGACCAGCUCCUCAUUGAAAAGAAAGAUCAGAAGGUGUUUCUGCAGUUAGAGGAGGAAGAAAUAACAUUUGCCCCAACCUAUCGCUUUGAAAGAAAUACCCGGGAGAAUUAUGUCUACACCAAGCAGAAAGCCACAGGGAUGAAGUACAAUUUGCCAUCCUGGUGUGAUCGAGUACUCUGGAAAUCAUAUCCCUUGGUGCAUGUGGUGUGCCAGUCUUAUGGAUGCACAACUGACAUUAUGACAAGUGAUCAUAGUCCUGUUUUUGCUACAUUUGAAGUUGCUGUCACAUCUCAGUUUGUUUCUAAGAAUGAUGAUAAGUACACAGGCUCUCUGGGACAGAUUGAAUUUCUCCAUUGCAGUGCUGUCCUCAAGACAAAGUCACAGACUAAAUUCUACAUUGAAUUUUACUCCAGCUGCCUAGAAAGCUUUGUAAAGAGCCAAGAGGGAGAAAAUGAGGAAGGAAACGAAGGGGAACUGGUGGUAAAAUUUGUCGAAGCCCUUCCUAAGCUAACUCCAAUUAUUUCAGACCCCGAAUAUCUGCUGGACCAACACAUUUUGAUUUGUAUUAAAUCUUCAGACAGUGAUGAAUCCUAUGGUGAAGGCUGCAUUGCCCUUCGAAGUGGAGCUGCAGAAUCUCAAGUCCCUAUUCAAACUGUACUAACACACCAUGGAGAAAAGACAGGGAUCUUCCAAGGUCAAUUCAAGCUACAGACAUCCCAAGGGAAACAGAGAGAAAAAUUAUAUGAUUUUGUGAAAAUUGAACGAGAUGAAACUGCUGGACAAAAGUCAAUCAGAGGCUUGAGCUGUACAGACCAUGCCAAAGAAUGGGAACAAAUCAACAAGGUUACUAUUUCUAACAGGAGAUCCACUCAUCUGGUAGCCAAAGAAGCAGCCGCCAUUGCUCGGUUUCGUGGAACUGCAGUAACUCUUGAAGACACUUGCAGAGAUGAUAUUGGGCGGAACACAGUGCCCUCAGAGAUCAACAAUGCCAGCUACUUAUGGAUGGCUGCUGCCUCUCAACCAUUCACUGCAACAACACAGUUUAAGCAGAUCCCUUCACCAGAUCAACAACCUACCCUUUGGAAUUACGAUCCACAGCCCAAAGAUAAUACUCCAGUAUUGGGAUUAGAAUCUCCUACUACACCUUCCACUCUGUCUCCUGGAUCUCCAAGAGCUUCUUUUGCAACUAAUCGAAAAGAUCAACUGUACAGUGAGGUGAGGAAAAGCAUGGUAGAACCAUUGUUGCAAGAUGAAGCAUAUUCAAAACCAGAGAUGAUUGAUAAUCCUCUGUAUGAUUUCACAAAAUCCAAGGACAAGCUUCUAUUUAAGAGAGAACAGGAAUUGUUUAAGGUCUCCCGAAAAGAACUCCCAACCAUUCCUGAUCAAAACUUUCCUUUCACCAAGCUACAAGAGACCGAUGGCAACAAACCUUGCAAGCAACAAUCCUCCCCACCUUUCAUUGUCCCCACACACAGAUUUCGUUCUUAUACUUGUUCUAAUCAAUCUGAGGAAAACAGUACAGUAAAGGAAAAGAUUCAAAACAAGCAGAAGCCUUGUUCCAAUUUAGAUCCUUCUCUGUCAACUUUCAAGAAUCCCAUUAAAUUAACAAGGUCUGAAGUAGUGCAGAAUAAACCACCUCUUCCAUCUAAAAGCCAGGUGGUACUUGAUAUGCAGCACAUCAAGGGCCGAGAUUAUCGAGAAAACUCAGAACUUCCAUCUCAAAGGAAACACCAAAAUGAGGAUGGAACUGUUGGCAGAGCAAUUGUGCCGUGAAAAAAAUGAUCACUGAUGAAAAACCCAGAUGAAUCCUGAAAAGAAAUAGCAUGAACAUUUCUUAUCAAUACUCUUAAUAUCUUUUGACUUGGUUGGUAGACAAGCCAUGUAGCUGAAUGUUUAAACAAGAAUAAAUAUUUCUUCCUCUCUCUUGUGGUAGUACACAUUAUGAAACAUAAGGUAAAAUUAAUUAAGACCAAAACUGAUUUUAAGAGACUGAGAUGAAUGAGUGCUACAAAGCUUAAAACUUUUGUCAAUUCCUUCAAAGACAAGAUAGUUAUGAAUAAUUAUGCGAAUUGAAAAUGAUAUGAGUUGGAUAUAUUUGAAGCUAUUAUUCAGAUUACUACUUUAUAUUACAGAUUAAGACAAAUAUAUUUUUAGAUAAUGGUCCAGUUUCCUAAAUACUUGGUGGUUUAUUGAGGGGAAAUAAAAACCAAAAGUGUAUAAUUUCUGUCCAUGCACAAAGUGCUAACUUGAUUCGUUAAGUCAAGAGAACACAGUGAGUAUGAAUUUUCAGCAACUGUAACAUUUCCUUUGGACCAUAAAUCUAUCAAUGAUUGCCUUAUUUUCCAGAUAAUUCCUUAUUUUUUAUUUAUAAUGUGAAUGAAGAACAGUACACUUGAGAAACUGAAACUUUCCAGAAAAAUUUAAUUUUGUGUGUGUGUGUGUGUGUAGGUCUUGUAGUUUGCUUUAUAUAGUAUACAUAUUCAAUUCAUAUUGAUUUCAUUGUAGCAUCACAUUGGCAAUUACUUGAGUCAAAAUGUAAUAAAAACAAUCUCUCUUAUCCUGGCUUAUAAGCAGCUAGACAUAUUUGGGCUUAAUUACAAUUAGAUUUUGAUGGUGAGUCUAAUGAAUAAUUUAUUCUUCUUUUAAAAUAAGUUUCCAUUCUGUUAGAAAAUGUGGUAGAAUCUAGAAUAGUUUCUAAAUUAACUACUUGGCAAUGUUUAUUUUAAGGAAUUUCAAUAACUACGCAUAGAAUUAUUUUUGUCUAGUGCACAACAGUAGCAAUCUAGUCAAUUUCAGCACGUUGUAAUUAUUCAGGAUCAUAUUCCCUAAUCUCUUCAAAGGAGGCUGAAAUGUCAUCAUUUUUAUGGAAUCUUUUUAAAUUAAAUUGGAAAUAGAUCAGAGAUUCAAAAACAUCUUUGAAGUAGAAAUUACUGAUAUUUCUGUCUUAUGGAAAAAAGAAUUGGAAUAUCGGGUCAUGAAAUACCAGUGCAUGCAAGUCUUAAACUUUAGAUUAAAAUUAAUUAAUGAAAGAGUUUAUUCCAAAUAUAUUACCUCUUCAAGAAGGAAUCAAAAGAAUGGACUGUAUCUCUGUUGGCAAUAUAAUAAAUACAUUUGGCUGUGGCAAGAUCUGGUUCAUUUUUAGAGUAAUAAUAUGUAUUAGUAGAUGGAUUAGUAAAUAUUUCCAAGUUUAAACUAGUUUGAAAUUAAAGAUUCAGUAUUAUUGUGAAUUAUAUUCAAAAAUUGUGAAACCUGACCAAUUUUGAGAAACAUUGGUUAUAUCAAAUGUGAGGAAUAUCCCAGAGAUUAAUACAGAGGUACAAGAAAAGUCCUAUUAUCAGGAUAUCACAGACUGGAUUCAAGAAAUAUAUCACAUUUUAAAAUAUUAUUUUUAUAUACUAAUUAAGAUACAAUACGUUUCUCUGUUACAGAUUUCAUAAUAUUUUGCAAAAGUAGACACAUUUCUAUAUGUAAUUUGAUAUAUUGUUAUUAAAUGAAUAUGUCAUCUAUUUAGGUGAUUUUUAUCAAAUUGGUAUAUUAAUUUGUUUCUUUUUUCUUUUAUUUUAGUG